AUGUCGUAUGUGAUUGGCGUGGAUGUCGGUGGCACAAACACCGACUCGGUGCUGUUAGAUCCAACCAGAGCCACGGUUGGUGAGUCUGUUAUCAGCUGGAGCAAGCAGGUGACAUCGGCCAGCGCUGCGGAAGCGAUUGAGCAAUCAGUCGAAGCGCUGUUCCAAUCACAGACCAGCGUGGUGAAAACGGACGUGCUCAGCGUCACCAUCGGGACCACACAUUUCAUAAAUGCCGUGGUGGAGCGAGAUUGCUCCAAGUUGGCUAGAGUUGCUGUAUUGAGGCUUUGUGGGCCUUACUCACACAGCGUACCGCCGUUCACAGACUUCCCCAGAGACCUGGCGGAUGUGAUAAAGGGCUACGUCGGAUAUCUGAAGGGUGGCUAUCACGUUGGUGGGGAGCAGAUCGAACGGCUGGACGAGUCCGAGGUUGUUGAGCACGCCCGUAGGAUCAGAGACCUGGGGCUCAAGGCCAUUGUCGUCACUGGUGUGUUCUCUCCGGUGUUCUCACAACAAGAGCAAGCCGUUGCUUCCUUGCUGACAGAGGAGCUUGGAGAUGUCAGCGUUGUCGUCUCACAUGAGCUCAGCGGGGUUGGGUACCUGGAGCGUGAGAACCUGAGCAUUCUGAAUGCUUCGGUCAAGCGGUAUUCCACGAGGAUGAUUAGAGCGUUUGCGAAAGCGGUGAGAGAGACACAGAUCGAGGCACCGAUCUUGCUCACACAGAACGAUGGGACUGUGCUUACAGUGCCGGAGGCCCUGAAGGUUCCCAUCCGAACGUUCUCCUCUGGUACGACGAAUUCGAUGAGAGGAGCCUCUUUCCUCCUGGGGAGCCUUGAAGGCCAGAAGGUCAUCGUGGUUGAUGUUGGCGGUACUACGACAGACGUGGGGCUCCUCUUGGAGUCUGGCUAUCCACGUAAGACAUCAUCUUUCUCAUUUAUCGGGGGUGUCAAGACAAGGUUGGCGAUGCCUCAAGUAGAGAGCGUUGGGCUCGGUGGAGGAUCAAUAGUUCGGAUUACAGAAAACAACGACGUGAGCAUUGGUCCUGACUCAAUAGGAAGCGAUUUGACAAGGUCUGUUGUUGGAGGAGGAGAUACUCUCACUGCUUCUGACGUUGCCAUAUGUGCGCAACUUGAGGAGGAAGAUCACUCUUCCAAUAUCUAUGCGUUUGGUGAUCCUGAGAGAGUUAGAGGGAAAGUUGCAAAGCACAUCGUUCACCAUUACCGGUGUAAAGUUGUUGAAACUGUUGAGAAAGUUGUUGAUCGUAUGAAAACGUCCCCGGAAGACAUUCCAGUGCUUCUUGUCGGUGGUGGGUCGUUCAUCCUACCUUCUAACAUUAGAGGUGCUUCUGAAGUUCGGAGACCAGAAUUCUUUGCCGUGGCCAAUGCAAUAGGUGCUGCUAUUGGCAAGAUCAGCUCGAUUGCCCAGUCGUUUGGUAGCAUUGAUAACAAGGAUGCAAUGAUUGAGAAGCUUAAAAAAGAAGCUGUUGCAAGAGCCAUCACUAAGGGAGCCAUGGAGGACACCAUCAGAAUCAUUGACAUUGCCGAAGAGGAGAUCCCAUACACAAAUAUGCACAGGUUUGAAGUCAAAGCUAUAGCUGAUGUUGAUUAUAAGAGAUUGAAGCAGAUCACAGUCAACUUGGACGAUGAUGUUUAUGUACCAGAGUCCGUUCCAGUGACCAACAAACAUGUUCCUGAGUUGAGAAUGAAAGAGCCAACUGUUGAUUAUAGGAGAUAUAAACCGUCUGUGAUUAAUAAAGAGUGGAAUCUGAGCACCACGGACUUGGAGUUCUUGAGAAUUGGCACGUAUAUCUUAGGAUGUGGUGGUGGCGGAGACCCGUAUGCCCAAUACUUAUCAGCCAAAAUCCUAUUACAACGUGGCUAUCGGAUGACAGUUGUUGAUGCAGAUAUGGAGAAGGAUUACAAUUCUAUCAGCGUGGGAUUUGUUGGCUCGCCAACCGUUGCGAAUGAACGUAUUCAGGGAUCUGAGAUCAUGACGGCUUACAAGAUGUUGAGCUUCAGUAACAACGUUGAUAGCGUUCUAGGGUUGGAAAUCGGAGGAGGGAACGGGUUCCAAGCCUUACUACUCGGCGCAGAGCUUGGAAUCAAGAUCAUUGAUGGUGAUCUUAUGGGGAGAGCAUAUCCAAUGAUCUGGCAAAUCACCCCCAAUGUGUGUAGCGAGUACCCAUGCUUCUCUCCAUGUGCUAUAAGUGAUGGCAAUGGCAACGACAUUCUGAUUAAAAAUACAAAGUCAAACAAGUCUGCUGAAGAUGUCAUACGAGCGAUCUUGAGUGAGCUUGGUCUCUUUGUGGGAUUGGUAACGGAGGUGAAGAAUGUCAAUCGAGUGCUCGUCAGGAACAGUGUAUCAUUGGCAUGGAGGAUUGGGCGGGCAGUAUGCAUUGCCAAACAAAAUGCAGACUUGGGGAACGUUUCGACUCGCAUAGUCGAAUGUCUAGGACAGAACGCUGCCGUGCAACUGUUCCAAGGAAAGAUCGUGGGCGUUGAGAAGAAAGUUCGGAAAGGCUAUGUGUUUGGUGAGGUUAUCAUUGAGAAUGAAGCCCACACCAUGAAGGUACAGUUCCAGAAUGAAAACAUCUACGCUACAAUCGACGGAGAGGUUGUGGCCUCGGUUCCAGACCUGAUCUCUGUCAUUGACUCAGAAACCGGCGAGGCCGUCGGGACGCCAGACUACAGAUAUGGCAUCUUGGUAGUGGUCCUGGCCCUAUCACCAAGUAACCUAUGGACAGACACCGAGAGGGCGCUACAGAUCGGUGGGCCGAGUGCUUUCGGACUCGACGAAGUUCACUACACGCCCACGGGCCAGUAUUCCAAGCCUGCCAGUGUCAUUGACCAGUACACGUAG